UCUUCUUCUUCUUUUUAUGAAACAGAACAACCACUGUCCUUACAUUCUAGUACAAGGCAUUCAUUCCAAAUUGGUAUUUCUAGAACUGGCUUUUUCAUCAAGGAAGCCCUUUCCACCCAUAAUUUUUGCGACACGGUCUCAUGUAUCCCAAGAACGACACUGAAAUUUUGAUCCACCACCCGAUUGAAUGAUGUGAUUAACUGGCGUGUACACACACGUUUACUCCCAUGCCCUCAAGCAGGCGAAGCUAGCACGCCAUCCACUGAGCUCCCUUCCCUCCUCUUCUAGCACCAGGAAACACAACGGAAAGGCCAGGAGCCCUCCCCUUCCUGUCCCGGGGCGGAACUUACGAGCUCCGCGUCGGAGCCGGAGAGCAGCGCUGCACACCAGCCUUUUCCGGCUGUAACCGGAAGUUGCUCUAAUAGAGGCGGCUCCUUGUCAGGUGACCAAGGUCCGGGUAGGAGGGGUCGGAGGUUCAAUCUUUCUGACUGACUUGUCUCUAAGACUGGCUUGUCCACUGUGGGACAGGGGAACGGACUGGUGGCGUCGCUGGCGCUCGCUCUACGGCGGCAGGAUUGUCUUGAGAAUCUUCACUGAAAGCUUUGCUGGCAAGCAGCUAUGGCAAGUAAAGGGCCCUCGGCCUCUGCAUCUACUGAGAAUUCCAGUGCUGGGGGGCCCAGUGGCAGCAGCAAUGGCACUGGUGAGAGUGGAGGGCAGGACAGCACCUUUGAAUGCAACAUAUGCCUGGACACAGCCAAGGAUGCUGUCAUCAGCCUGUGUGGCCACCUCUUCUGUUGGCCGUGUUUACAUCAGUGGUUGGAGACUAGACCUAACAGACAAGUAUGUCCAGUUUGUAAAGCUGGAAUCAGCCGGGACAAGGUCAUCCCACUCUAUGGCAGAGGCAGCACUGGACAGCAGGAUCCCAGAGAGAAGACUCCACCUCGUCCUCAAGGUCAGAGGCCAGAGCCAGAAAAUAGAGGGGGAUUUCAAGGAUUUGGAUUUGGAGAUGGCGGCUUUCAGAUGUCUUUUGGAAUUGGAGCAUUUCCAUUUGGGAUAUUUGCCACAGCAUUUAACAUAAAUGAUGGACGGCCUCCUCCAGCUGUCCCUGGAACACCCCAGUAUGUGGAUGAGCAGUUCUUGUCACGCCUCUUCCUAUUUGUUGCCCUGGUGAUCAUGUUCUGGCUCCUGAUCGCCUAAUACAGGACCCUGUUUACAUCUACAGCAGCACCUCUGGACUGGUGAUAUGCUGCACCCACUCCUGUGUUUAUUUAAUCCUGACCCCUGGGAUCAAGGGUCAGAAACACAUCAAGGAGUCUUGCUUCUCCAUUAGAGCUUUGGAACUCAAAACCAGUUGGCGAGGAACCCCCACUUUCACCACUGCUGUAAACACUCUUCUAUAAGCUCAGGUCUUGUGUUGAAUCACCUCUCAUGGGUGGCAAUGUGAAGCCCUGCUCCAGUCUUCUCAGCAGGUCCCAGCUCUGCACGGGGAAGAGAUGGGAAGAAAGAAACAGUUUCUUUCACAAGAACUUUAAAUUACAAAAAUGAAGGGAUGAACCAAAUGGUAUUUACAGAAACUUCCUUUCAUCUUUCACAUACUCCUUGGUAAGUGGCCUCCACUCCCUAGCCCGAGAGACUCCCUUCCACAUCCCAGUCCUGCUCCUCCCACCUUCCCCUUCCUCGGCAAAGACAUAAGAAUUACUGCCCAAGAAGGUCGAUCACAGCAGCAGAAGCUGAAGAUGGACAUGACCUUACCAGAGACUCUGGUCUCUGAUUGGCUCUGGGCCGUCUUCAGUGUCUCGGCUUUAGAAAGCAGCUUGAAUGACCUGCUGGCUUCCUGGUAUAAGAUUGUCCCUGAUGUCAUUUGGCUCAGAUUUCCCAUCUCCUUAGACUGCUGCUGAAUUCAGACUGACUACUCUGCUUCAGGGCUGAUGCAGCAACAGCAGGACCGGUAACCCCUGUCCCUAGGCUGUAGAAGCCUGAGUCAUUCUCUCCCAGAACUUGCCCAGAGAAACUGGAGGCUUUCUCAGGUCAGCCCAGCUGCAUGUAGAACCCUACCACCCUCAGAAGCCAUUGUCCUUUUAAAAAGAGGCUGGGACUCUGAUUCCAUCUGAUGUUAGUUUGGCUUCAUGGAUUUACCUGAAAACUCCUUGAAUGUGUGCUGAACACAGGGACACAUGAGGCUUCUGAGCAAGCAACCCCUGGUGACAUGUAAUGCAAGGACCGCAGAGAUACACUGUGGUCGUCAUUCCUUAUUCUUCCUCACAUUGAUUUGUUCCUGAACUUAUAAGCUGUUUCCUCUGAAUCUGAUUGUGGGAUUGUGGUGCCAGGCAGGAGAACGUUCACAUGGUGAGACGGUUCUUGCUCUGCCUGUCAGGCCUCGUCUUAGAAAUGUCACCUCUUCCUGGAGACCUCAGCAGGGCAUCAAGAUGAGCUUCUACUGGACCCUUUUGUUCACUUCUCUAGCUCCCACUGCCCCAGCAAUAACAGAAACUGGGAGAAAGCCUUGCCUGGUGAUUUUUCUAGAUAUAACUCUUUAUAAUCUAUGGAACCCUAGACCUUGAGGAUGGUGAAAGAGCCCUCCUCCUCACUGCACAAUCCUCACCUGCCAAUGUCAGUGUUAGUGUUGAAGUGAAUACAGUAUGAAGGAUUGUGUAGGAGGGUGAUUUGGCAACUCUAGCUGUUAAGAAUAAGCCACCAACUUUAUGGUGUGCCUGACAGAUUUUAAAUAUUCUUGGAAAUCCCCAGCCAGCCAGUCACAGGGCCCCCUGGAGAGUAUCUCUGUUCUAGAGAGAAUUGGUAGGAUCCCUCAGUGUAGCAUGGCCCUAAGUAGUAAAGGGAAAACUUAAGCCGAUGAACACAAAGGAGAUGAGAGAGGGGUUGUGAGUAGUAGAAUAAACUGUUUGGAAUCUGGUGAAACGGAUGAUCCAGGUGUGCACCAGCAAAGUCAUCCCAGGGCGUGCAGUAGCACAGCUGUGGUGGCAUGUGCCCUUUGUGAACAUUACAGGGCUGUACAUCUGCCAGCAGCUGAGGCAAGACAGCCAACUUGGGCUUUAUGGGCCAUUCCUCUACAGGCUCACCACUCAUCCCAUGGCCAAGGCAGCUUUCCCUUCUGUGUUUUCUGUGUCCUCGGCCUCCACCUUUCUGCCACCUCCAUGGACAAGGACAAUGGGAACAUGAAAGGCAGCAUACCUUGACCAGCCACUGAUUUUCACUGUUGUGAAAGUGAUUUGAUUUAGAAUUAAAUGGUUUUACAUUAC